AUGGGUUCCAGAUUCCCAUCUCAUCAGCUCAGCAAUGGCCUUUACGUAUCAGGCCGGCCAGAGCAACCAAAGGAAAGGACUCCAACUAUGAGCUCAGUUGCCAUGCCCUAUACUGGUGGAGAUAUCAAGAAGUCGGGAGAACUAGGAAAGAUGUUUGAUAUCCCUAUGGAUGGCUCUAAGUCUAGAAAAUCUGGACCUAUAACUGGUCCUCCUUCAAGGACUGGAUCUUUUGGAGGUGCUGCUUCACAUUCAGGACCAAUCCCUAAUGCUGCAGUUCGUGCUGGCUAUACCACAUCAGGUCCCGUAUCAUCUGGAGGCAUGCCUGGUCCAGCUUCCGUAAAGAAGUCAAAUUCUGGACCGCUAAAUAAGCAUGGGGAACCUCUUAAGAAGUCGUCUGGUCCUCAAUCUGGUGGGGUAACACCAACUGGCCGUCAAAACUCUGGACCUCUUCCUCCUGUUCUCCCUGCAACAGGUCUCAUUACAUCUGGACCCAUUUCUUCUGGCCCACUAAAUGCUUCUGGGGCCCCUCGUAAGGUAUCCGGUCCUUUGGAGUCAAUGGGAUCAAUGAAAGCACAAGGUUCCUCCAUUGUUCACAAUCAGGCCAUUACUACUCUUAGCCAAGAUGAUGAGUUUUCAUUUAGGAAGAGCUUCCCAAAGCUAAUAUUAUGGUCUUUGAUUCUACUUUUCGUGAUGGGGUUCAUCGCUGGUGGUUUUAUUCUAGGUGCAGUCCACAAUGCAUAUCUCCUCAUUGUGGUUGUGAUCCUUUUUGGUGCAGUUGCUACACUAUUCACAUGGAAUACUUAUUGGGGAAGACGAGCUAUUAUAGGUUAUAUUGCUAGCUAUUCAGAUUCUGAGCUGAGGACUGCGAAGAAUGGGCAAUUUGUGAAGGUCUCAGGGGUGGUCACUUGUGGCAAUCUGCCCCUUGAGUCGUCCUUUCAAAAGGUUCCUAGAUGUGUGUAUACAUCUACAAGUUUGUACGAGUAUCGAGGAUGGGAUUCAAAAGCUGCCAACCCUACACAUCGUCGCUUUACUUGGGGGCUCAGGUCCAUAGAAGGGCGUGUUGUAGAUUUCUACAUCUCUGAUUUCCAAUCUGGGUUAAGAGCAUUGGUUAAGACUGGCUCUGGAGCAAGGGUGACUCCUUAUGUUGAUGAUUCGAUUGUCAUUGAUGUGAACCCUGAAAAUGAAGAGUUGUCUCCAGAGUUUAUUAGGUGGUUGGGUGAGAGGAACCUUUCAAGUGAUGAUCGCAUGAUGCGGUUGAAAGAAGGGUACAUUAAAGAAGGAAGCACAGUUAGUGUAAUGGGAGUUGUCCAGAGAAAUGAGAAUGUGCUGAUGAUCGUUCCUCCCCCUGAGCCAAUCACAACAGGAUUUCAGUGGGCCAAAUGUAUCUUUCCAGCUAGCCUUGAGGGUAUUGUUUUGAGAUGUGAUGAUGCAUCAAAGAAUGAUGUCAUACCAGUUUAG